AAAGUCAUUGCUCUGACAGUGUUGUGAAGGGAGCAGAAGAGGAGAAACCUAAUCUCAGAAUCCAGCAACACCUAGCAACAGAUGAAAAAACUUUUAAACAAAAGUCUGGGUGGGAGAUAUACAACCACUUCCAAUUUCUGCUGAUCGGGAUUUCAGAGAGAAGAAGCUGCUUUCCCCCUCUCUCAGUUUCCUGCAUGACUUCAGCUAUUGGCUAGUCUUAGGAAAGAAAGUGGGAAAAGCUUUUUCCUCUGUAUUCUUUUGGGCUGGAUAGUUUUCCAGGACUCGAGUCUGUUUUGGGCUGUGGGACAAGUCAGUGGGUUCUUCAAAGGAUAAACUACCUCCAUAAAGGACAUACCCUUGGUUAGACGAGCUGCCGUCAGAUAUCGUCUUCUGGUUUGGACACCACCAAACCAACUGCUUUGGUCACAGCCUGUUGUUUGUUCUGGUCCUUAAGGAAGCCAGCUGCACUGAUAGAGUUCACAUCUCCGGGGCCCCUCAACUUUGGGUGGGAAUGAGAUCGCGAAACCAAGGCGGUGAAAGUUCACCUAACGGGCAUAUCUCCUGCCCCAAGUCCUCUAUCAUCAGUAAUGCUGAUGAUAAAAGUCUCUCAGAAGAUGCAAAAAAGAAAAAUAAAUCAAAUAGAAAGGAGGAUGAUAUCAUGGCCUCAGGAACUGUCAAACGACACCUGAAACCAUCUGGACAAAGUGAACGAAAGACUAAGAAAUCCCUGGAGUUAUCCAAAGAAGACCUCAUCCAGCUACUCAGUAUAAUGGAGGGGGAGUUGCAGGCCAGAGAAGAUGUGAUCCACAUGUUGAAGACAGAGAAAACCAAGCCUGAGGUUCUGGAGGCUCAUUACGGGUCAGCAGAGCCAGAGAAAGUGCUGCGGGUUCUGCACCGAGACGCCAUCCUUGCCCAGGAGAAGUCCAUAGGAGAAGAUGUCUAUGAGAAACCGAUUUCAGAGCUGGACAGACUCGAGGAAAAACAGAAAGAAACCUACCGGCGCAUGCUGGAGCAGCUGCUGCUAGCAGAGAAGUGUCACAGGCGCACCGUGUAUGAGUUAGAGAACGAGAAGCAUAAACACACUGACUACAUGAACAAGAGUGAUGACUUCACCAACCUGCUGGAACAGGAGCGGGAGAGGUUGAAAAAGCUCCUUGAACAAGAAAAGGCUUACCAAGCCCGCAAAGAAAAGGAAAACUCUAAGCGGCUCAAUAAACUAAGAGAUGAGCUUGUCAAACUCAAGUCCUUUGCACUCAUGCUGGUGGAUGAAAGACAAAUGCAUAUUGAGCAACUUGGCCUGCAAAGCCAGAAAGUACAGGAUCUUACUCAGAAAUUGAGGGAAGAAGAAGAAAAGCUCAAAGCCAUUACUUCCAAAUCCAAAGAAGACAGACAGAAAUUGCUCAAGUUAGAAGUGGAUUUUGAACACAAGGCAUCAAGGUUUUCUCAAGAGCAUGAAGAGAUGAAUGUGAAAUUGGCUAAUCAAGAGUCUCACAACAGGCAACUUAGACUCAAGUUGGUUGGGUUAACUCAAAGAAUCGAGGAGCUGGAAGAGACCAACAAAAAUCUUCAAAAGGCAGAGGAAGAACUUCAGGAAUUAAGAGAUAAAAUUGCCAAAGGGGAAUGUGGAAACUCCAGCCUCAUGGCAGAAGUGGAAAAUCUCCGAAAGCGCGUGCUUGAAAUGGAGGGUAAAGACGAGGAGAUCACUAAAACUGAAUCCCAGUGCAGAGAAUUGAGGAAGAAGCUUCAGGAGGAAGAACACCAUAGUAAGGAGCUCAAACUUGAAGUUGAGAAGUUACAGAAGAGAAUGUCUGAACUGGAGAAGUUGGAAGAAGCAUUUAGCAAGAGUAAAUCUGAAUGUACCCAGCUACAUUUAAAUCUGGAGAAAGAAAAAAACUUAACCAAAGAUCUGCUAAAUGAAUUGGAGGUGGUCAAGAGUCGAGUUAAAGAACUUGAAUGUUCAGAAAGUAGAUUGGAAAAGGCUGAAUUAAGCCUAAAAGAUGAUCUUACAAAGUUGAAGUCAUUUACUGUGAUGCUUGUUGAUGAAAGGAAAAAUAUGAUGGAAAAAAUAAAGCAAGAAGAGAGAAAAGUGGAUGGACUCAAUAAAAAUUUUAAGGUGGAACAAGGAAAGGUUAUGGAUGUAACUGAAAAACUAAUUGAAGAAAGCAAAAAGCUUUUAAAACUGAAAUCUGAAAUGGAAGAAAAGGUAUACAAUUUGACAAAAGAGAGGGAUGAGUUGAUUGGCAAACUGAAAAGUGAAGAAGAAAAAUCCUCUGAAUUAAGCUGCAGUGUUGACUUAUUAAAGAAGAGACUUGAUGGUAUAGAAGAGGUGGAAAGAGAAAUAACAAGAGGAAGGUCUCGAAAAGGACCUGAGCUCACCUGCCCGGAAGACAAUAAGAUUAAGGAACUAACUCUUGAAAUUGAGCGACUGAAGAAACGUCUCCAACAAUUGGAAGUGGUCGAAGGGGAUUUAAUGAAGACGGAGGAUGAGUAUGAUCAGCUGGAGCAGAAAUUUAGGACUGAGCAGGAUAAGGCUAACUUCCUCUCCCAACAGCUAGAGGAGAUCAAGCACCAGAUCGCCAAGAACAAAGCAAUAGAGAAAGGUGAGGCCGUGAGCCAGGAAGCUGAGCUAAGACACAGAUUUCGGUUGGAAGAAGCUAAGAGUCGAGACUUAAAAGCCGAAGUACAAGCUCUGAAAGAGAAGAUUCACGAAUUAAUGAACAAAGAAGAUCAGCUUUCCCAGCUCCAAGUAGAUUAUUCUGUCCUUCAACAGAGAUUUAUGGAAGAAGAAAAUAAGAACAAAAGCAUGGGGCAGGAGGUCCUCAGUCUAACCAAAGAGUUGGAGCUCUCUAAGCGCUACAGCCGCGCCCUUCGCCCCAGUGUGAACGGAAGAAGAAUGGUUGAUGUGCCGGUGACGUCCACUGGGGUGCAGACCGACGCGGUCAGCAGCGACGCCGCGGAGGAGGAAACGCCCGCUGUGUUCAUUCGCAAGUCCUUCCAAGAAGAAAAUCACAUCAUGAGCAAUCUUCGACAGGUGGGACUGAAAAAACCCAUGGAGCGAUCCUCUGUUCUAGACAGGUAUCCUCCCGCUGCAAAUGAGCUCACCAUGAGAAAGUCUUGGAUUCCAUGGAUGAGGAAAAGGGAAAACGGCCCGUCAAUCACUCAGGAGAAAGGGCCUCGCACAAACUGCAGUCCAGGGCACCCGGGAGAGCUCGUCCUGUCGCCGAAGCAGGGCCAGCCCCUGCAUAUUCGCGUGACACCAGACCACGAGAACAGUACUGCGACUUUGGAAAUAACGAGCCCGACAUCUGAAGAGUUUUUUUCUAGUACCACCGUCAUUCCUACCUUAGGGAAUCAGAAACCAAGGAUAACCAUUAUUCCAUCACCAAAUGUUAUGUCUCAAAAACCAAAAACCGGAGAUACUGCUCUUGGCACAGAACGAGCCAUGUCCCCAGUCACAAUUACUACAUAUUCCAGAGAGAAGACCCCAGAAAGUGGACGAGGCACGUUUGUGGACAGGCCUACAUCCCCCAUUCAGAUAAUGACGGUGUCUACAUCAGCGGCGCCAGCUGAGAUUGCAGUUUCUCCUGAAUCCCAGGAAAUGCCCAUAGGAAGGACUAUCCUCAAAGUCACCCCGGAAAAACAGACUGUGGCAACUCCAAUACGGAAAUACAACGCCAAUGCCAAUAUCAUAACCACGGAAGACAAUAAAAUUCACAUUCACUUAGGUUCUCAGUUUAAACGGUCCCCUGGGACUUCAGCUGAAGGAAUAAGUCCAGUCAUUACUGUCCGACCAGUCAACACGACAGCUGAAAAGGAGGUUUCCACUGGCACCGUCCUUCGGUCCCCCAGGAACCAUCUCUCUUCACGACCGGGUGCGAGCAAAGUGACAAGCACUAUCACCAUAACGCCGGUCACAAACUCAUCCACCCGAGGAACCCAGUCGGUGGCAGGACAAGACGGGUCAUCCCAGCGGCCUACACCCACCCGCAUUCCUAUGUCAAAAGGUAUGAAAGCAGGAAAGCCAGUAGUGACAGCCCCAGGAGCAGGAAAUCUGACCAAAUUCGAGCCUCGAGCUGAGACUCAGUCUAUGAAAAUAGAGCUGAAGAAAUCUGCAGCCAGCAGCGCUACCUCUCUUGGAGGGGGGAAGGGCUGAGGGCAGUGGCUAAGGGGAAAGCGUCAUCAUUCACCAGUUACGUAUGAACUCCAGAUGAAAUGGUAAACCAAGCACAUACUGGGUGUGUGUACUGCCUCUGAAUCCUUGUUGAAUGGAUAGUAUCUCUACAACCCUCCAUCACCGCUAAGGUCCUCCAUGCUACUGAUCACGACUGGAACUAUUUUACUCCUUCCAGUGAUAUAUAUUUUUUCGAGGAUAUAAUGUAAAAGCUGAAAAUGGCCUUGCGGAUGACAUGAAAAUAUGUAGCAAGAGCAAUUCAAUCUUUGUGCUGAAAGAAAUCUCUCUUCCUUUUGCAAAGCUUUCAGGUCUAUGAGCACAUGCUAUGUAAUUUAUUUUUAUAAUACAUUUCAUAAUGUGAUUUUUUUUUCCUAAAGUGUUUCCUUUUUCACAGUCUAUGGCACAUAUAUCUGUAGAAAACACUGUCAGUUCUUCAAAGUAUUGGUAUUGUUGUUUUCAAAAUGGUAAUGCAAGGGCUGGCCAGUUAGCUCAGUUUGUAAGAGCGUGGUGUUACACCACCAAGGUCAAGGGUUCAGAUCCCCCUGCUGGCCAGCUCCCCUCCAAGCCCCCCCUAAAAGGUAACCAAUAAUAAUUUUUUAAAAAUCAAUUUGUUAUUUCUGAAGAAAAGAAAAUACAGCACUGUAUUUCUUGAGGUAAACUCAAGAGGUAAAACUUAGAAGCAGAAGAUUCUGGAAGAGGUUUUAUUACCACUUGUACAAAGCUAUGGUUCUGGUCAUGGUUCAGUACUAACAAAUAAUGCUCUGACUUAAGAGUUUAACUUUUAAAUACUUAAAACCAGUUUUUAAAAUUGUUCUUUCUAGUGUUCUGUGCCAAAAACCCUGAAUGAACUGAUUUUCAUAUGGAACAAAUUCAUGAAAGGAGAUGUACCAGUUUAACUAGUAACGGUAACAGAACAGCUUCAACUUAGAGUUCAAUUAUAUUUCUGUUUGCAUUAUUUACUUAUAUGUACAAGAUUUAUUAUAAGGACUGUGAUAUCAAGAUAUUUCUCACAAUCUAUCCCAGUGAAAGCUUGAAAAUAAAAACUGACAAAGAUAAUGUCAGCAUCUUUCUAAAAAAUAGAUUUUCAUAACCACAGGUAGGUUGGAGAAUGUAUUCUUUAAAGAUAAAAAGUACAACAUUCAUUACUCAAAUCCCAGUGCCAGAGCUGCUGUUGAAUUUAAGUUUAUGUGAAGAUGUGCUCCUGAAGUCUACUUGAAACCCUAAUAAUGUAUUUUUUUUUUAAAAAGACACUGUUAAUGUAGACAUGUUUUCAAUAAGGUCUUUAAAGAUGAACUUUAAAGAUAAAUUAAGAGUUGACACAUCAGUUUUGAAUGCAGAAAUCCUGAAUGGAUUGAUUUUCAUAUGGUACAAAUUCAUGAAAGGAGAUGUACCAGUAACUUUAUCAUGUAACUUUACUGAGAUUAAAGAGAGAAUGCUUUUCACGUACUUUACUGAGAUUAAACAGAGAAUGCUUCUGUCACAAGGAUAACUAAAAGCCACACAAAUAAUACUGUUAGCCGAUUUCUCCAGUCCACAGGUUGUACCCAGGUUUAUAAGCCCAGAGAGGAAUCCACACUGAGUCUGUGGAAUAGAAAAAUUAAUGCCAGAUUUCCUUCCCUAUUUAACCUUGGAAGGUUUUAAGGUAUGCCUUGUGGAAUUGGCAGAUCAUAUUAAACUAAUGCAUUAUAAAUUAAAUAACUAUUUUAUUUUAAAGUUAAUUUUGAUUUUUUAUAGUAAAAGAAAUGCUACAGUAGUAGGCUUGCCCUAGCUUGAAUGAUUGUGAAAGCAUCAUGUAACCUUUUGGGGUUUUGAUUACCAAUUAAGAAAACAAUAGUGUGUAUGUUAUUACUGGGUUUUCUUUUCUGAAAAUGUUGAACUGUAAUAACAUUUUCAAUCAGAAGAGUUUUAUUUAGUAUUGUUAUAUUUUUGACUCACAAUUAAAUUACAUAUUUGCCUUGUUUAUACUUGUGGUGGCAAAAAUAUUCUGUAUAUCACAGAUUAGCAUUUGAAGCAAAUAACUUUUUCACAACUUGGAAUUUUAUUACACUAAUAGUGAAAAGCCUAGCAGAUAAGGUUUUAAAUACUUCUUGACUUUAAAAUAUUUCAAGUCAUUUAUGUAUAUUUGGCUCCAAGUGUUUUUUUUUCUUCUGAGUUUAUAAUGAAAUUUGGUACUUGCAAGAACAGUGAAGAUGAUGGUGCAAUCAGUCAUUUGGAUGGGUGCUGAGCUUUUUUUCUGUCUGUUCUCUAAGUCCUCCAUUUAAACCCAAAUGGAAUAUGACUGACAAGAGUAAAAUUAAUCAGAUUAAUUUUUAAAUAAAAUGAGAAUAUGCAAAAUUAAUGGAAAACAGAAAACACUGAAUGGUCAUAUCCUUUUCUAAUGAAUAAGCAAAGAAGAUUAUUAAUAGUCACAUUUCAACAUCCACAGCCAAUUGAAAAAAUUGCCCUCACAUGCAAUCCUGGUACUAUCCUAGGUUCACAUAAUUUCUAUAUUUUAUUGUAAAUAAAUCUCCAAUUAUCAUUCUGAAGGAGAAUUAUCUUUGAACGAAAUAAUCGUAAAUGUUCUCUGAAAUAUAAACAGAAUGUUUCCAGUUCAAGGCACAAUGACUGAAUUAAUCCAUUAUCUUACCCUUUUUCUUUUUUAUAAGACAGUGUUUUUUUAAGGGUAUCUUCUACAGAAACUUUUUUUGUUCCUGCAAUUCACAUUAAUUUGCAGAGAUUUUUUCCCCAAGUUUUUCAUAAAAUAUUAGGGCUUGAUGAAGAUAGUGGAUAGAGUAAAUAUAUACCAGAUGUCAGAUGCCUGAAAUGUUCACAAAAUGUGAAGAAUUCAUCGUAUCUUAGGACAACCAUAAAAAAAAAAUUCAUGGUGUAGAAUAUUUAAGCAUUAACUGAGACACUGACAUUGUUGAUAUAAUUUGCAGCUUCUAAAAAUCAGUGGCAGAGCAAGAGUAAAUGGUGUCUCAGGAAAUGUAAUGUUUUUCCCUUUCUUCUAAUGCUGUGGUUGAAUUUUCCUGGAAAUGAGUGAAAAACAUAGCAAAAGUAGGCUGUGUUCAUGAAUCUGAUGAGGAACAAAUCUAAAAAUAGCAAAAGUGUAAAAUAAAAGUUAAAGAAAAAUACAAUUGACACCUGAGGCAUAUGUCCCUCUUUCUGCCCCCAGUGCUAUGCCUUUGCUAAAAAUACUAAUUAGAAUGCAAAGAGGAAAAAGAAUAAAAAUUGUCAUAAUAAAUUUAUAAAAAUUGACAGGGUUUGGUGGAAUUAACUUUGGUCUAUUGACCAUUAGUUUUUAAAAUUUUUUUCUUAAAUUUUCAGCAUUUACUCCAUAACGAUGUGGUGACAACUAUGUUUGCUCCCUAGGGAAAAACUGUAGAUUCAAAAAUUUGAACAUUAUGUUUAUAGAUGCCAUGACAUGAUGCAUUUAUUUUCUGGUAUUGUUUUUUGUUUACAUUCUUUGGGAAAUUUUACCUUACCAUUCACAGAUUUUGUUAUUCUAACAGUUCAGAUUUGUAUCUAUUUAAUCUAGAUUUUCUUUGAAAAAUAUUAGGUGUUAGCUUCUCCAAUAUAAGAGGCUUACAAUGUGAUCAGAUAUUCUUAGAAUUCUUGCAGAUUUAAUGGAUUUUCAAAAGCAAAAGAGUACACUGAGGGCUGGCCAGUUAGCUCAGUUGGUUAGAGCACAGUGCUAUAACACCAAGGUCUAAGGGUUUGGAUCCCUGUACUGGUCAGAAGCCAAAAAAAAAAAAAAAGUGUGUUGAAAAAUUUUGGAAA